GACUGCGCGCUUCCGCUCCCACGUCGCCUGGCGCCUGUACGUCACUGUCAUCUCAUGUCACUCCAGGCUGUGAUGGCGGAGGUGGACGAAACCGACAUAAUUAUGAACUACCACGGAGAUUUCUUAAAAAGCGACAGAAAAAACAGUCGCUACCCGUACUGCAUUGUCUGGACACCUAUUCCAAUUUUAUCGUGGGUGUUCCCCUUCAUUGGUCACAUGGGUAUAUGCACCUCUGCUGGAAUCAUACGAGAUUUUGCAGGCUCCUACUUUGUCUCGGAAGACAACAUGGGCUUUGGUAGACCAACCAAGUAUUGGAAGCUUGAUGUGGAUAAAGUGUGUGGCAAUGGUGCUGCUACAUGGGACAAAGCAGUGAAUGACGCAUCUGAGGAAUACAAAUGCAGGCCGCACAAUCUGUGCUUAGAUAACUGCCAUUCCCACGUCGCCAUGGCCCUCAACCUUAUGCACUACGACAACAGCACAUCUUGGAACAUGCUGAAACUCUGUGUGCUGUCUUUUGUUCGUGGGAAACAUGUGAGUUUCGCAGCUUUCCUCAAGACCUGGCUGCCGUUUUUCAUGCUGUGCGGAGUCCUCGGCACGUUCAUCCUAACAUUCAACCUACAUUAGUGGAGCGAGCAGUCCAACGGGAUGACUCACAGACUCAUGCUUAUGCUUUACACAUUGUCAUUGGCUGUUGACGUGAAUGACGGUGGUGUGUUUUGACGGGACGUUUGUUUGUACAAAGAAUUCCACAUGAGGGAUUUCAUUGUAUGUUAGUGAUCUAGUUUCUAGAAGGGUGUUUAUGGGCAAAGCCUAGCUGUUUAUGUGUAGUUUUGAAAUCAAUAUUAUGUUUUAACGGUAAAGAUCUUUUUUUUUCCAAAAUAUUUAUGAUUUAGUAAGGUGAGUAAGCUACGGUGUCUUCAAAAUUCACCUUUACUUUUUUUCACACAGUGGGCUCUGUGUUUUGCUCGUAUUAUAAGAGUGUUGCACCACAGUUGGAGCAAUACUGUUGAAUCCAGAGAUGUACUUUUUCAUGAAUGGCAGUGAUGAAUGUGUUUCCGGACUGGCUAAUGUACAUUUCAGUGAUGAAUCACUACAAAAAUGGAUCACGUAAUCUUAAUGCUGAAAGUAUUCAUCAAUUAUUUGUCUAAGAGAUAUGAGCCGCUACCAAAGAUAAAAAUUAUCUAGGACCCACGUGGGGAAAAAAAGUGGUAUUGUGCUGUAAAAAAAUGCCCUCCUCCCUUUUUAAUCCUCUUUCCUCUUUUAUAUAAAGACAAUGUGUAAGGUGUUUACUUUAACGUGAGUGUAUUCUUUGCUUCUCUCCAGACAAAAUGCUUUGUAACGGUUCAUCCUCAUGCUGGAAUGUUACAUAAAAUUAUCUUUAUUUUA